AUGCGACUUCGUGACGACCUCAUCUUCGGCUUAUCUGCCCUCGCCGCUGCAGGCACUGCUACACUCGAGUUCGACUGGGAUUCAAUCAGCCCGUCUGCAGACCUCCAGUACCAUGACUGCUACGCCGCCUUCAAAUGCGCCCGCCUCAAGCUCCCUCUCGACUGGAAAAACAGUACCGACCCACGAACCGCCGCUAUUGCCAUUAUCAAGCUCCCUGCCAAAGUGCCCGAUGAUGACCCUGCCUUUGGCGGGCCCAUCUUCACCAAUCCUGGCGGGCCAGGCGGUUCAGGUGUAAGCUUUGUCGUCAGCAGAGGCCAUUAUCUACGGGAUUACGUCGACAGCCCUGGCAAGAAGCAUUAUGACAUAGUUUCCUUUGAUCCUCGUGGGAUUGGAAAUAGUAGACCCCUGGCUAAUUGUUUCCCCGGCGCUGCUCUUGCCAGGGAUGCGUGGAUGCUUGAGACGAGAGGGAACGGGGGUUUGGAUAAAAGCCUAGCAGCAGUCUCCUACGGAUUGGCCCUGUAUGAUGGGUAUGGAAGGAAAUGCGAGAAGGCCGACGACGAGGGUCUGAAAGGGGGCGAGAUUUUCCAGUAUCUGGGGACGCCGUCCGUCGCCCGAGACAUGGUUGCCAUGGUGGACAGCAUUGACAGGCUGAGGAGGACAGAAGCUGCUCGUGAUGGACCGACGGAACUGAAGAAGAGAAACGAAGGGAAUGUUCCGAGAUUGCAGUACAUGGGGUUUUCGUACGGCACCAUUCUCGGAAACUACUUUGCUUCGCUGUUCCCGGGGCGCAUUGGCAGAAUUGUGCUCGAUGGAGUGUGCAACGCCGACGAUUAUGCCACCGGCGCCGGCUGGUUGACAAACACUGUUGAUUCCGACACCAUCAUAGACAAAUUCUUUGACGGGUGUUUCCACGCCGGUCCCCAGGUCUGCCGUCUGGCCCGUCCGCAAGACAGAUCCGGCUCAGACCUGCGCAUGCGAUUCUGGCCAUGGCUCAAACAGCUCGACGAGGCACCCGUGGCAGGCGUCGGCCCCCUGGGCAGCUCCAUCAUCCUGACGGGCGCGGACAUCCGCCUGGUCCUCGCCAUGGCGGCCUAUACGCCCCUCCAAUCCUUUAUGCAGGUCGCCGAGCUCCUCGACAACGCCAUGGUCCACGGAACAUACGACCCCAUUUUGGCCAGGAUCGAAUCCGGGCUCGGUGCCCCCCUCCAAGACGCGUGUCCCCUCGUCAACCAGACCGCCAGUCCGAACACAGGCUCCGAUCCUCAGACGGCGGUCCUUUGCGGCGACGGCGAGGACGUCCGCGGCAAGAAGCCGUCCUGGUGGGCGAGCUACGUCGAGAAGCAAUUCGCCCAGUCGGCCAUAUUCGGCGGCCUGUGGUCCACGGUCCGCUUCCCCUGCUCCGGAUGGCGCUUCAAGCCCAACUGGUCCUUCCAGGGGCCCUUUACCUCUCCGGAACCUCCCCGGGACGGCGAGCAGCCGCAACGGGGCCAGCCCGCCGCGCCGCUCAUGUUCCUGACCAACAGGCUGGAUCCCGUCACGCCGCUGGCGGCUGCGCGGGCCAUGGCCAAGAAGCACCCCGGCGCGAAGGUGGUUGUGCAGGAAGCCAUGGGGCACUGUGCCGCCAUGUCGGCGUACAGCGAGUGCACGAGGGGGAUCGUCGCCGGGUACUUUGACACGGGGAAGCUGCCGGACGGGGAGGUGGUUUGCGAGGCCGAGUGUGGCCCCUGGGAUGACGGCUGUUCGAGGACGCUGUUGAAGUCGGAUGGUGAGGGCGCGGGCGAGGCCUGGUUUGCAAGGAGGUUCCCUCUGGGUGUUUAG